AUGGAAGUGGCAUUAGCUAGCGCUGCCUUUAGUGUUAGCCUAAAAGUGGCCGCAUCUCCAGCCUUGAAGAAGCUCCUUGCUAAUGCUUCAACGUACCUUGGAGUGGAUAUGAUGUGUGAGCUCCAUGAACUGGAGACCACUAUCAUGCCGCAACUCGAGCUGGUGAUUGAAGCAGCAAACAAGGGAAACCACAGGCCCAAGUGGGACAAAUGGCUUCAGGAACUCAAAGAAGGCUUCUAUAUGGCUGAAGACUUGCUGGACAAGCAUGAAUACAACCUUCUCAAGCGCCAAGCAAAGGGAAAGGAUUCCUUACCGGCCAAUGCCUCCAUCAGCAGCACUUUUAUGAAGCCUUUGUGUGCUGCGUCGAAUAGGCUGUCCAAUCUGAGCUCUGAGAACAGAAAGCUAAUUCAACACUUAAAUGAACUGAAGGAUACCCUGGCAAAAGCCAAGGACUUCCGUGAACUGCUCUGCAUACCAGUUGGUUAUAAUGUAGAGAGCUCCUCCAUACCAUCAGUUGUUCCAGAAACUACAUCAAUACCACCUCUGAAAGUGAUUGGUCGUAACAAGGAUCGCAACCAUAUGAUAAAAUGUCUUACCAAGACAACAACUACUACCAAGUCCAGUACAACUAUGUACUCGAGUUUGGCUAUUGUUGGACCUGGAGGCAUCGGAAAGUCCACCUUGGCACAACUUGUUUACAAUAGCAAGAGGGUAAAAAAAUAUUUUGAUGUGAGAAUGUGGGUAAGCAUAUCACGCAAACUUGAUGUACGCCGUCAUACACGGGAGAUCAUCGAGUCUGCCUCUCAGGGGGAAUGUCCACGCAUUGACAACCUUGAUACAUUGCAGCGCAAGUUGGCAGACAUACUGCAAGACUCAGGGAAAUUCCUUCUUGUGUUGGAUGAUGUUUGGUUUGAACCUGGCAGUGAGAGGGAAUGGGACCAACUGUUAGCACCACUAGUUUCCCAACAGUCAGGAAGCAAAGUUUUGGUAACUUCUCGACGGGAUACAUUUCCAGCUGCUCUCUGCUGUGAAGAAGUGCGUUCACUGAAAAACAUAGGAGAUGCUCAGUUCUUGGCACUCUUCAAACUCCACGCAUUCUCUGGACCAAAAAUCAGAAAUCCACAGUUGCGUGAGAGGCUGGAAGCUUUUGCAGAGAAGAUUGCUAAAAGGCUUGGAAAAUCUCCUUUGGCAGCAAAAGUUGUGGGUUCCCAAUUGAAAGGGAAAACAUGUAUCACUGCAUGGAAGGAUGCUCUUAACAUAAAGAUUGGCAAAUUAAGUGAGCCCAUGAGAGCUCUGUUGUGGAGUUAUGAGAAAUUAGAUCCAGAGGGCCUUUUAGAUUCGUACAACCAAAACAAGAGAAAUGAAGAUGCUGGGAGGGACUGCUUCAAGGAGAUGAUCUCUGUUUCGUUCUUUCAGCAAUUUGGUAAGAAAAUGGAACAUACUCCCACAUACUAUGUUAUGCAUGAUCUCCUUCAUGAUCUGGCAGAAUCACUCUCCAAAGAGGACUACUUCAGAUUGGAAGAUGAUAAGGUGACAGAAAUACCGUCCACUGUUCGACACCUAUCGGUUUGUGUUGAUAGUAUGAAGAUACACAAGGAUAGUAUCUGCAAGCUACAUCAUUUACGCACCAUUAUCUGCAUAGACCCCCUAAUGGAUGAUUUACUUCUAUUAAAUGACAAAGUUGAGAGUUUUCCUGAGAAACUCUGUAAUUUAUGGAAAUUACGUCAUCUUGAACGGCGCGUGGAUUGGCAUCAUGCUUUAAUAGACACGUCAUACAAAGAAGCACCGCAUCAAAUUCCAAACAUUGGCAAGUUAACUUCGCUUCAACAAUUUGAGGUAUUUGCUGUGCAAAAGAAAAAAGGAUAUGAGUUGCAUCAACUGAGGGACAUGAACGAGAUUCGAGGCUGUUUAAAUGUAACAAAUCUUGAGAAUGUCACUGGCAAGGAUCAAGCCUUAGAAUCGAAGCUGCAUCAGAAAAGUCAUCUUGACAGAUUGCGACUUGUUUGGAGCUGCAAAAAUAACACGAAUGCAGAGAAUAGUUUACAUUUGGAGAUUCUAGAAGGACUCAUGCCACCGCCUCAACUUGGGGUUCUUGUAAUUGACGGUUACAAAUCUUCCAAAUAUCCUGGCUGGUUACUUGAUGCUUCACAUUUUGAGUUUUUGAAAUCUUUAAUCUUUGCUAAUUGCACUGCAUUACAAAGCAUACCAUCCAAUACCGAACUAUUUAGGAAUUGCUCUUCACUUAUCCUCUACAAUGUGCCAAACCUGAAGACAUUACCUUGUCUUCCGCUAGGCCUUCAAAAGUUAGAAAUAGUAAAAUGCCCACUGCUUAUAUUUAUUUCCAAUGAUGAGCUGGAACAUCAAGAGCAGAGAGAGAAUAUCACGAGUACAGACCACUUGGCAUCACAGCUUGGUUUAAUCUGGGAGGUGGAUGCAGGAUCAGAUAUCAAGAGUGUACUCUCACUGGAACAUUCAUUUCUGAAGCAGCUGAUGAUAUCGAUACAUGCUGAUGUGUCACAUGUUCAAAAUCUUGAAAGUGCUCUAGAAGGAGAAAAAGAUGAAGUACUGGCAAAAGAGGAUAUCAUCAAGGCAUGGACAUACUGUCACGAGCAAAGGAUAAGAGUCACAUAUGGAAGGAGCAUGGCGCUGCUGCUGGUUCCGCCAUCAGGUCUUUGUGAACUUGAACUUUCUUCAUGCAGCAUUACAGAUGGAGCUUUAGCUGUUUGCCUUGAUGGCCUGGCUUCACUGAAAAGGUUGUUAUUAAGAAACAUUAUGACUUUAACUACACUUCCUUCGGAAGAGGUCCUCCAACAUUUGAAAAAACUUGACCGCUUGAGCAUCUUGCAUUGCUGGUGUCUCAGGUUAUUAGGGGGCUUACGAGCUGCUACCUCUCUUUCAACUAUUAGAUUGAUGUCCUGCCCUUCUCUAGACUUGGCACGUGGAGCAGAAUGUUUGCCAUUAUCCCUUAAGACGGUCGUUAUAGUCAAGUGUGUGCUUCCAGCUGACUUCUUCUGUACUGAGUGGCCUUACAUUGAUACAAUUUUCAUAGGCAAUUGCAGAAGCACCGCUUGCUUGUCUGUUGGUAGUGUCACCUCUGUUAAAUCAUUCGAACUGGAGCACUUGCCAGAUUUAUGUAUGCUCGAAGGAUUGUCUUCCCUGCAACUGCACAACGUGCAUUUGAUUGAUGUUCCAAAACUCAUCCCUGAGUGUAUCUCACAGUUUCGAGUCCAGAGCUCACUCUAUAUUAGCAGCCCCAUGAUACUCAACAAGAUGCUCUCAGCUGAAGGUUUCACAGUUCCAUCAUUUCUCUGUUUUCUAAGAUGCAAGGAACCAUUUGGUUCAUUUGAAGAAUCCGCAAAUUUUACAUCUGUCCAGAGACUGAGAUUCUCGGAAUGUCAAAUGACUUCCCUUCCAAAAAAUCUGAAGUGCUUCUCCAAUCUGAAGAUGCUCGACAUUCUUCGCUGCCCCAACAUAUCAUCUUUACCAGAUCUGCCAGCCUCCCUCCAUCAGAUAAGUGUAUGGGGUUGUUGCGAGCGCUUGAAGGAGAGUUGCCGAGCACCUGAUGGAGAAAGUUGGCCAAAGAUUGCACAUAUUCGCAGGAAGUACUUUUUACAAAGUGUGAUUUAGAUUCCUAC